ACAAAUCUUAAUACAACCUGUAUCAACUUAAUUAGCCACUGAAAUACAACAAAGAGGUUUAUUUAUGUAAGCUAGGCCAGCUUAAUCAAACAUACUCCUACUACGUAGCUCAAGUUCAAUAGCAGAUUGUAGGACCUCCAUAUAUCAAUUUCCCUGAGUACAUAUAAAUUGACAGCAGCAAAUAUUUGGCUUAGACUAUAUUUAGAGCAUGCUAUUGCUUGCAUAUAACCAGAUUUUGCAGAUCAUUGUUUCUUCUGUUUCCAGUUUUACUGAUUGGAGUAUGUUUCUGGUUGAGGGGAGAACUGCACGGUAGUACUAAUGGAGCUGACAAAGGGAGUGGUUCAUUCUGGAAAUCAACUAGCAACAGGCAAAUAUUGUAUUGCCUGGGUACCGGCGUCCUCAAAAAAGAAGGAAAGAAAAGGAAUACAGAGUUUGGGUAGCGGUGUCCUGAUUCUGAUUGUAGGCGAUAUGGAUUCUGAUUGUCUCCAUGCACCUGUUGCCAUCGAUUCAGCAUGGACAUGGAUGCCUGUAGUAGCACUGGCAGCAGUUCAUCAUCUCAGUCAGUUCCCAUACGGAAUAUAUGAUGGUUCCUUGACAGCAAUGUGUAAUUUUGAGGGCGCGCCUCAUGCAUCCUAAGUAGUUUUGACGGUAGUUCCUAACAUAGACGACCUUGGCUGUGUCAUCAACUUGAUUGCUACUCUGAGGUGUAUAUACUAUGCGUGUGUGUUAAUGCUUGUAAGCCUGCUGAAGAGGGUUUCCUGUUGGUAAAUCAUGUUGCGCAGUUUAUAUAUUUUGGACUGGCAGGCAAGGGUUAUAUACAAUCUAUUUAUGCAGCGAUGGCGUAAGUUUGGUUCCGUGUUAUUGUUGAAAAAAAAACUGCAUACU